UAUUUCAUGUUUUAAAAACAUAAAAUUGAUGAUAUUUCACUAUUAAAAUGAUAGUUUGAACGAAAAAAACAAGGUGUGCUAAAAUAGAACUUGGGGGUGCCCUUUUGAACCUCCCUAAUUGUGCGAGAGUGAUACGUCGUGCUACCAUGGGAGGGUGGUUGAUUUUAUUUCUCUCAGCUUGCUGUAUUUACUAGUCUCCAUUCUUGACAUAUUUGGUUUAGGUUUAGAUUUAUUAGAUGUUUGGUGUCAAGAUGUGUUGUUAUAUUAUGAUAAAAUACGAUAGGCUAAUUGGUUGCCUUUUUACCUAUUUUGUCUGCUAUUUCAUUGCCCGUACCUAUCUAAUAUUAAUGUGUCCCGGUACCCAGUCUGGUUUAAUCUCUCAUUGGUUUUAAAGUGUAUAUUCAAGAUUUGAGGGCAUAAUAUGGGGUUGUUUUUUUCCUUUUUAUAGGUUUGUCUAAGUUUUUGCGGGCACUGGGUGAAUCCGUGUACAUAACUGUGCAUUGGCUCUCUAAGGAGGAAGCUAAUGUAAGGCUUUCAGUAGAGGUAGAUAUUCCACUGUAUAAUUUGAGCUAAUUUAUUUACUCACAAAAACAUAAACUAUAAAGUAAAAGUCAACUAAAAAGUAACUAUUAGGAUGGUUACAUCUGUGUGCGGGACCUAUAAUAUAUUAUUGAAACUAAUUUUUUGAAAAAUCUAUCUUUUUACUGAAAAUAAUAAAACGAAAGUGCUAAUGUGUGUUUAAUUCUAAUAUAGAGUAUAUUGUAUUUUUUAUUUACACAUAAAAUACAUUUUCUGUGGCACGACAACUAACUACAUCCUCAAAAUUGUUAAAAGUUACAAUAUGCAUUGCUUAAAAGUUAAUUUUUAUGACUCACUUGUUCAAGGUCUCUCUCAACACUUCCAGAUCGCAGACAUGCGAUGAAUAUUGGAUUUGUCAUAAAUGGUAAAAUCGACUUACCCACAACUCUUAAGUCAUAACAAUCGUUAAUUGAAAUUUACCUUGCCACUCUUCCACACUCCCAUACUCAGUUCCAUACACUUUUAUCCCCAGCAAACUAUCUUAAUAAUUCUCCAAUCAAUCGAUAAAUAAGCACUGAAACCUCGACCCCCUCUCUUUUAAUCUAAUUGAAUAUUUAUUUCCCAAAUUUUAAUUUAACUGUUUCACUGUUGCACUGGUUUUUUUUGUGCUUGUAUCGUAAGAUGUAUAAAAUAAAAUAAAAUAAAAAAUACUUGAUAUAUUUUUGAAAUAGAAAGAAAUGGACGCCUUGCAGACUUCAUCCUGUGAAAGUGAAAGUGAUCCAAUCCAAUUUCUGUCAUCCAAAGAAUGUGUACCAAUAACGUUUAGAAAUAACUCUCACUCUAUCAGAAUACUAGAAGACAUGCAAUCCCUACGCAAAAAUGAAGUCUUAUGUGAUAUUAGAUUUGAAACCGAUGACGGCUCUGUAGUAUCAGGACAUAAAAAUGUCCUAAUUGCAGCUAGUCCAUAUUUUCGGGCAAUGUUUAACAAUUUCGGCGAGAGCAAUAAAGAUCUCGUCAAAAUUAGAGAAUUAGACUCUGCCGCAUUACAAUUAUUAAUAGAUUAUAUUUAUACCGGGAAAAUUAAUGUUUCAGAAGAAAAUGUACAGGUUGUAUUGCCAGCCACAAAUAUCUUACAAUUAGAUUCUGUGAACAGUUCAUGUGCUGAUUACCUACAGAAGCAACUGGACCCAACAAAUUGCCUUGGUAUUAAAGGAUUUGCUGAAGUACACAACUGUAGGGAAUUGUUGUCGAGUUCUGAAAAAUACAUUAAAAGAAACUACUUAGAUGUAGUUAAAAGUGAAGAUUUCCUAUCUAUGUCUGUUGGUGAUAUGGCAAAGUUAAUCGCCUGUAAAGACCGUAUUGCGUUCAAAUAUAUAAUACAUGAAUCUGUUCUCGAAUGGGUAAGGCAUGAUAUGGAACGGAGAAAAGAUUUUUUGCCAAUGUUAAUGGCACAUAUAAAUCGGCCAUUAUUACCAUCUUUGCCUGAUAUAUUAAAUAGCUUAGAUGAAGAACCUCUUCCGAAGACUAGUCGUGAAUGUGACAACCAUUAUGUAAUUGAAGGAUUCAGAAUUGAACCGCAUACAUCAGUUGAUAAUUUCAUCCUUUCACCAACGACGAGGAGUCAACCUCGACAGUGUGAUGGUCCACAAAAAGUUAUUCUAAUUUUCGAAUGGUCUGAAAUAUCGCCAAAGUGUUCUACCGUAUGGUAUGACCCAAUAACCCAGGUACAGAGGAAUGGACCAGAGAUGAAUGAUGAUCGCAUGACAGCUGGUAUUGGCGUUAUAGGUGAUCAAUUCGUGUUUGUUAUGGGAGGGGUAAAUCAAACAAGUUCAAAAUCUGUUAGAAUGCUCGAUGCAUCUUCACAAUCCCCCUAUUGGGCUCCAAUUGUAGAUAUGUUGGUUAGUCGAAAUGGAUUAGGUGUUGGUGGAUUGGAUCAAUGUAUAUAUGCAAUUGGCGGACGUGACGGCACUAGUGUUUUAAAUAGUGUCGAGGUAUUUGAUAUCAGUAUUCAACAAUGGAAAAUGGUGUCGAGUAUGUCAACACCGAGAAUAAAUACAGGUGUUGGUGUGUUCAAUAAUUAUUUAUAUGCGGUAGGAGGUUAUGAUGGUGUAUCGUAUUUGAAAUCCGUCGAAUGCUAUGAUCCCAGUAUUGGUAAUUGGACACCAGUUGCAGAAAUGUGUGCACCACGUGAUGGAGUUGGUGUAGGAGUCAUAGACGGUGUGAUUUAUGCUGUCGGUGGUUAUGACGGAACAGAGUUUCUUAAAAGAGCUGAAAUCUAUAGACCAAGUUAUGGAGUUUGGUUUACCAUUGCGAGUAUGCUUAUACCACGAAAUAAACCAGGAGUAGUCGCAUUCGGUGGACAACUGUAUGUUUUUGGCGGGGAAUUUGAAAAAUCUAUUGUUGACAAUGUUGACAUGGUAGACGUUUACAGCCCCGACACCAACACUUGGUCUUUGAAAAUGUUUUCAAGAUGUUAUCCCGGAAUAUUUUUUAACGCAAUAUCCGUUAAUAAAUCACCAUAUUUUAUGACUUAUUAGCAUGGAGUUUGGUGUCUAUGUUGUUCGUUAUAUUAUGCAUACAAAUAUAAAAUUAUAUAUAAAUUAACGUGAACCCUUUACCUAUUAUUGUUCUUUUCAUUUUUGUGAAAGUCAAUGUUCAGUGUCAUUGUAUAACUUAAAUAUUGUUAAAUUUAAUUAAUAAACUAUAGUACAAAUAAUGUAUUCGAUUGCAGUAUAUCAGACGUAUUUUAUUUACUGUUUCCAUAAUUCCAUUAUAUCUUUUAAGUUCUGAGUGGACCAAUUUGUGUAUUCAUUUUGCAAUGAUGUACCUAUAUAAUCAGUGA